AUGUCCUCAAGCGAUGUCUUCACCACGAGAGGCAGCUUGGCUGCCAUCCCCAUCGAAUGGGACGAAAGACACCUUGUCCCUCUCGUCACCUUGCUGGCAUCUACGCUCACAGCUUACAUGGAAACCUUUUUCCAGUUCUUUGCCUUCCACGUCGCCCAAGCCAUCUACCGCCUCUGGUUCCACCCGCUCUCCAAGUUCCCAGGCCCCGUCCUUUACUCCGUCUUUUACCUCCCCUACCUAUAUCAGGCUUAUAUCAAAGGACGAUGGAUCUUCAGGACCACAGAACUGCACCAAAGAUACGGCCCCAUUGUUCGAGUUGGUCCGAAUCACAUUAUUGUUGAUGGCGAGAUUGGGUGGCCUCAAGUGUUCGGACGCCGGAAAGCCGAUCAAUCCGAAUAUGAAAAGAUGCCCGCCGCCCACCAGGCCAAGGCGUACAGUAUUAUCGGUGCUACUAGGGACAUUCACCGGCGUCAGCGCCGGCAGUUGAACCAUGCAUUCAGCGACGUCGCCCUCGCCCAGCAAGAAGAUGUCAUCCAGGAAUAUGUGACGCUGCUCCUUGAGCGCCUUCAAACACGUGCUGAUGGAGCAGAGGCCGUAGAUGCGGUAAAGUGGAUGAACUGUACAACAUUCGACAUUAUCGGCGACCUGGCCUUCUCCGAGUCCUUUUCAAGUCUGCAGAACAACGCCGUGCACCCUUGGGUUAAGCUCAUCUUUGAUAGCGUUCGUUUCCUCGCGAUUAGGCGAUUCUUUGCCAACUUCCCCCUCUUGAAAUUUACGCUGUCCAUGUUCAGCAGUAAAUUUGGUACAAAACAGCAUCCUUCGAGAGACCACGCCAAGGACAAGGCACGUCGAAGAAUGGCGCUGGGACAAGAUCCUCCCAGCGGCCGCAAGGACUUCAUGUCGUACAUGCUUCGCAAGACCAGGGAUGGACAGGUCGGCAUGUCGGAGGAGGAAAUUCUCGAGACGUCUCCUACUCUUGUUCUUGCCGGCAGUGAGACCACGGCGUCAGCACUCUCUGCAUUCUGUUUCUACAUGGAUACGCAUCCACGGGCAUACGCGCAAUUGGCCGAGGAAAUUCGAACAGCCUUCAGCUCGGAAGAGGAAAUCACCAUGCAAAGUGCUUCACACCUGGAGUACCUGCAAGCCUGCGUCAACGAGGUUCUCCGAAUAUACCCGCCUGCCGCAGAAACGCCUGCCCGUGUCUCCCCCGGUGACUUUAUCGAGGGGACACUGGUUUCCGUCUAUCAGUGGGCAACGUUCCGCAACCCCAAACACUUCAAAGACCCGGAGUCCUUCAUCCCUGAGCGAUGGCUAUCCCCUGCUCACCCACUUUACGAUGAACGUUUCAAGGACGAUAACCACGCCGUAUUUCAGCCAUUUAGCUACGGUUCUAGGGAUUGCAUCGGCAAGAACCUCGCGAUUAAUGAGCUGCGCCUCAUCAUCAGUCGCAUGCUGUACCGCUUCGAUUUUGAGGUACUCGAAGGGCAGGAUGAUUGGCAUACGAAACAGAAAAGCUUCAUUAUUUGGGAUAAGAGCCCGCUGAUGGUUCAAUUCAAGACGCGACAGACAGCUAAUUAG